AGGCCGCCGGCCAAACGUUCAUCAGUAUAUAUUUUUCUACGAUAGCUCCCACUAAUAGCUCCCACAAUCCCUCCAAAUUUAGUUCAAAAUCCUUCGAAAAUGUCGUACAUUAGCAAACGGUUAGCCAGCCAGGACUCGAUAAACGGACUCAAUAGCUUUUGCUAUUUUUUCGACUUGAAAACGGGCUGCAAACUGAUCGCUGUCUUCGAUGCCCUCAUCGCUUUGUUGCAACUCUACAGGAUUAACGUGGCUGAAACGGUGGAAAUGGCUACUUCUCCUGAACCGCCCAGUUCGGGAUAUGCGUUUCUGGUCACAAGGGAGCCCGAGGUAGACAUGUUUGGGUCACCAGUGGAAACAAAUCGGCCACAACCGGUUCAUAAUAUGACUUCCUAUUGGUUGAGGGUCCUCUGCUCGGUUACCGUGUUGAAGUCCAUACUGCUCUUCGCAGGAACGCAAUGGGAUCAUAUAUCCUUACUCGUAGCUUGGAUUCUCCUUACCGCUUUUAUGGGAAGCUUUAGCUUUUUCUUUAACCUCUUCGGUGACACUGAUUUCAUUGUGAUUCUAACCCAAUGCCUUUCCACUACUCUUGAAAUAUAUUUCGUCCUGGUAGUUUAUUCAUUGACAAGAAAGAUAUGGGAAAAGUCGAAUGGCAGUGCCUCGGAAACGGAAGUGCUCUACACCCAAGCUGCAGAGGCGUAGAAAUCAAGUAUCCGCCCCAUAAACGUUUUAAAAUCGUAUAUUUUAGACUAUUUGUAAACAAGCAAUAGCAAUAAAAUGAUUAUUUAAUCUUUGAUUAAAAACGAGUAA